AUGGCCCCGAAAUCCCCCCCGAAGCAGCAGCAGCAGCAGCAGCAGCAGAAGCCGAAGCUCAGGCGCCAGAAGGCCCCCGCCUCCAGCGCCCGCGAGGCCCUGAGCAUUGGCAACAUCAGCUUCGGCGGCAGCACGCAGCUGGAGGCGAUUUUUGCCUCAGCAGCAGCAGCAGCAGCAGCAAGACAGGGCAGCAGCAGCAGCAGCAGCACCUGGAGCGCUGAGGAGAGGCCUUAUGGCGGCUUCGGCACCCCUCCCCCGGCCGUGCCAGCGGCAACAGCAGCAGCAACAGCGGCAGCAGCAGCAGCAGCAGCAGCACUGCCUGCUGAUGUCCACGUGGCCCUAACCCGCCUCACCAAGCGCGACAGCCUCACCCGCAGCAAAGGGCUUGCUGCGCUGCAGCAGCAGCUGCAGCACGAGUUGGAUGCUGCUGCUGCUGCGCUGCUGCUGCCGCAGCUAGUCUUUGCCUACCGCUCCAUAGCCCUGGGCGACGGCGAGGGCCAAAACAGAGCAGCAGCAAACCGCUGUUUGCUGCUGCUGCUGCUCAGAGUAAGAAAAAGAAUUGCUCCUUAUCUGCAGCAGCUGCUGCCCACCUGGCUCUGCUCUCUCCAGGAUCCCCACAGGGCUGCUGCUGCUGCUGCUGCUGCUGCACUCCAGGAGGCCUUCCCCCUCGCAGACCCGCAGCAGCAGCAGCAGCAGCAGCAACCGCAGCUGCAAGAAACAGCCGCAGAAUCCGGCUCUGCUGCUGCAGAGGCCGUGCCAGAGACCAGCGGCAGCUGGAAGAGUGAAGGCAGCAGCAGCACCGACAGCAGCAGCAGCAGCAGCAGCAGCAACAGCAAAGGGCUUGAGAGGCGGGUUGCUGUGGUGGAGCACUGCAGGACUGCCUUAUUGAAUGAGCUGGAGCAGCUGCUGCUGCUGCCGGAGCAGCAGCAGCAGCAGCAGCAGCAGGCUGCCGCCAGCAGCCGCCGCCUGGACGAGUCCCCGCAGCAGCGCCUCGACCGCCAGCUCAUCUGCGCGCUUUUUGCUGCUGCUGAUCUGGUCCGCCUCCUCAGCAUUUCCCAGCAGCAGCAGCAGCAGCAGCAGCAGCGGCUUGCUGCCUGGCGAGAGGACCUGCGGUUCUUGUUUUGCGGCAGCAGCCGCAUUUCACAUUUUCUUGGGGCUUCUUUUAGGCUGCCGGUGAGAGCAGCAGCAGCAGCAGCACUUGCUGCUGUCUUGGCAGCAUUUGCAGCAGCCGGCGUGCCCCUGCCGGACUCCCCAGCAGCAGCAGCAGCAGCAGGGACAACAGCUGCAGAGGACUGCUUUGCUGCAGUUGCUGCGGCUCUCGCAGAUGCGUCACUUUGUGCUGCUGCAGGGCCUAGCCUGUCUCCUGCUCUAUGCGGCCCUACAGCAGCAGCAGCAGCAGCAGCAGCAGCAGCCGGUGGCGGUGCAGCAGCGGCAGCAACAGCCGCUGCUGCUGCUGCACCUGGUGCUGCCGCCAGCAGCACUUGCGGCUUCUUGCUGCGCUCAAUGAGGCUUCUGCUGCAGCGCUUCAUCCCAGCGGGGUAUGGAUAUGCGCAGCAGCAGCAGCAGCAGCUGCAGCAGCAGAAACGAAAACAAUCCCCGCAGCGACAUUUGCAGAACUUGCUGCACAAGCUUUUAGCCCUCGCUCGACAUGGAGGGUACUGCGGCAGCAGCGCUAUGUACGAUGAGCUGCUGCCGCUGCUUGCUGCUCUGCCGCCGCAGCUGCUGCUGCAGUCUGUGGAGGGCAGGGCCUUUCUGAGGCAGCUGCCCACGGCUUUGUUGCUGCCGCUGGAGGAGAUGCUGCUGCAGCGGCAGCAGCAGCAGCAGCAGCAGCAGCAGGGUCUCCACAGGCUGCGCUCACCGGAAGAGCAGCAGCAGGCGAACGAACUACAAGACCAAGAGGCGCAGUCGCAGCAGCAGCAGCAGCAGAAGCAGAAGCAGAAGCAACAGGCGCCACAGGGCGACAAGCAGCAGCAGCAGCAGCAGCAGCGGCAGCAGAGGCAGCAGCGGCAGCAACCUGUCUGGCCGCCCCCUAGUGCGCUUUUGGGCUGCUUCUACUCAACAGCAAUUUUCUUAAUUGAAAAUCGCCUUCAGCCUGCUGCAGCGGCAGAAGCAGCAGCAAAAGGGGAAGCAGCAGCAGCAGCAGAAACAGCAGCAGCAGGAGCAGCAGCAGAGGACGGCUUGGCUUCUCUGCUGCAGUUCUAUUGCUGCGAAGUCCCAAGUUACCCUCUUGAGUUAUUAAUGCGUGUGCAGCAAGAGCAGCAGCAGCUGGAGCAGCAGCAGGAGCAGCAGCAGCAGCAGCAGCAGGAGCGGCUGACGCCGCAGGCAGCAGCAGCAGAUGCUGGCCUUUCUGCGCUGCCCGAGGCAGUUGCGACCUUCGCUGCUGCUGCUGCUGCUAGGGGCCUGCCUCCCUUGCUGUUGCAGUGUUUGUGGCGCAACAUCUAUGCUGCAGUUUUGCCUCCUGAGCAGCAGCAGCAGCAGCAGCAAGGCGCGGAAGCAGCAGCUGCUGCUGAGGAGCAGCUCAUUGCGGCUUCGCUGGCAGCUGCGCGGCACGCAAAGCUUGUGGCACUGCCGUUGUUGCUGCAGCUGCAGCAGCAGCAGCAGCAGCAGCAAGAAGAGCAGCAGGAGCCGCAGCAGCACGAUUCUGCAACUGCAACAGGAGCAGAAGCAGCAGCGGGGUCGUUGGCUGUAGUACUGCUGCAGCAGGUCAGGAAGCACUUGAAGUGGACUUUUCUCGGAACACCGCUGCCUGCGCCGCUGCCGCUGCAGCAGCAGCAGUACCAGCCGCAGCAGCAGCAGCAGCAGCAGCAGAUCGCGUCGUAUGAGAACUUGAAGGCCCUAGAUGCUCUUCUCAGGGCCUGUGAGGGGUGCCUUGCCCGCCUGCAGCUUCCUUGCGCACUGCAGCACGAAGCAGCAGCAGCAGCACCAGCAGCAGAAACAGCAGCAACACCGCUGCCUCCAGUGCCACAGGGCCUGCGCUUCAACGCGCAGCAGGAGCUGCUGUGUCUGCUGCCAGUAGCAGCAGCAACAAUGAAAAGUGCAUUUGCUGCUGAAGGGAAGGACACCCUAGCAGCAACGCUGCAGCAGCAGAGAUGCCUGGCCUUUCAGCAAGUAGCCACAAGAUUGCUGCUGCCUCUGCUGCGCCUGCAAGCAGCAGCAGAAGCACCAGCAGCAGCACCAGCAGCAGCAGCAGCAACAGCAGCAACAGAGGAGCAGUCUGUUGCAUGGAAAGCUGCUGCAGAGGCGCUUGUCCUCACAGCCGAAAACGCAGCAGAAGCCUGCCCUGCUGCUGCCGAUGCAGCAGCAGCAACAGCAGCAGCAGCAGCAGCAACAGUAGCAGCAGCAGCAACAACUGCAGCAGCAGCGGCACCAGCAGCAGCAGCUGGACAAGAGCUGAUGCGCCAGUGGUGCUGCGGAGCUUUUGCUCUCGGCGAGUUAUGCCGUUUGUGGCAGAGCUUACACGGAGCAGCAGCAGCAGCAGCAAAAGAAUCAAGUGAAGCAGCUGCCGCAACAGCAGCAGCAGCAGCAACAGCAGCAGGAGUGCUGCCUGAGCCAACACGAGACGCACUGGCGAAAGUGCUGCUUGUACGACUUAGAGAGCUACCCCUGCUGCUACAGCAAGUGCUGCAUCAACUGCAGCAGCAGCAAAAGCAACAGCAGCAGCAGCCACUGCAGCAGCUACAGGCAAUCUCAAAACUGCUGCCGGACUUGGUCCAUGUGUUACUAAGCACCUGCAGCAGCAGGAAUCCCGAUGGUGCUGCUGCUACUGCCGCUGCUGCUGCCCCGCUGCUGGCCCUGCCGCAGCCACUGGCAGCAGAUGCAGCCUCACAAAUCGUGAAUGCCUUGUUGCUGCUGCAGCAGCAGCAGCAGCAACGCACUGACGCACAUGUGGCAGCUGCACUCAGUCAGUGCACAGCCACUCUGCGACAAGGCGUUGCUUCUCCGGAAUUGUUGCAAGUAUUGGUCAGCACCAGCAGCAGCAGCAGCAGCAGCUCUGCUGCAGCUUGCUGCAAAGCGGCUGCUACUCUGCAGUGGGAGCAAAUACGGGGCUGGCAGGUACCUGCUGCUGCUACAGCGCUGCUGCUGCAGCUGUUGCAGCAGCUGGACGCCUCUGGGCGCCAGCAGCUCAAGCAGCAGCUGACAGCAAUGGCAGCAGCAGCAGCGAGUGCUGCAGCAACACCGGCGGCUGCUGCUGCGCCUUCACCUGAGGGCUGGGCAGCAGCAGCAGCUUUCCUUGCAGCAGCAAGCAGCAGCAGCACUGGUGGGGCUGAGAGCCGCAUGCGCCAGCAGCAAAAGGCUCUGGUCUUUCUCCGCGAAGUGCUGCUGUUGCAGCUAUUCGCGACAACGUUGCCAAGCAGUAGCAGCAGCAGCAAGGGCAAUAGCGACGGCAGCAAGAGCAGCAGCAGCAGCAUCAGCAGCAGCAAACUUUUUACUGCCGGAGGUCAAUGGAACUCCGCUGCAUUUUGCUGGCGAGCAGCUGUUGCCUUCCUGUGUAGAACGACCCCAACAGCAGCAGCAACUGCUGCUGCUGCUCCUGCUGCUGCUGCUGCUGAUUCGGGCGACGCACUGUGCUCAGUAAUCGAUGCAGCUACAGCAGCAGCAGCGACAGCAGGAGCAGCAGCAGCAAAAACGACAGAAAGUGGAGAAGCAGAAUUGGCCAAGGAAGGGCUGCUGCUGCUGCUGCUGUGUGGCCUCACGGUGGAGGCGGUUGAGUGCGAAGGCAGCAGCAGCAGCAGCAACAGCAGCAGCAGUAGUAGGAGCCCAACUCACCGCAGCCCCUGGAAAUGCGCAGUAGGAGCAACAGCAGCAGCAGGGACACCUGCUACUGCUGCUGCAGCUCCAGCUGCUGCCGCUGCAUCACCUGCUGUUUCUGCUGCAGCACCUGCUGCUGCUGCUGCUGCUGCGGCACAUAGGGUUCUAACGUGUGCAAAUAAGGAGUUUCAGAAAGCUGUGUGGUAUUUGCUGCAGAAGCAGCAGCAGCAGGAGACAGACUUGCUGCACUCACUGUUACAGCUGCUGCUCGCAGCAGCACGAAAAGAAUAUGAGGAGACAGUCUCUGAAUUUGCUGCCAUCUCUACGCUGCGUGUAAAGGCUCUGGUGGCUGCUGCUGCUGCCCCAGCUGCUGCUGCUGCAGUAGAAGAAAAGCAGUUGGGGCCUUUCUGCGUGCUGCAGCUGCUGCUGCAGUCCCUUGCAGCAGCAGCAGGAGACGGCGCUGCUGCGGCGGUUGCUGCUUCUGUCUCUCCUGCUGCUGAUGCACUGUGCGUCGCUGCUGCGGCCAACUUCGGGUUGGCGUUUGCUGCUGCUGCUGCUGCUGCUGGUGGCUCGAAACCUCAGGCGGACCCAGUUUGUGAAAGGAGUGAAAGGGACACGCAGUUGCUGCUGCAGCAAGCUGCCGAAUUCACCGCAGCAGCAAAUGCACAAACUGCAGCAGCAGCAGAAGCUCGAAAGGCGCAGGAGGCUUGCGCUGCGCUAACAAGAGUUGCUGCUGCUCUGACAGCUGCGGCUGCCGGGUCGCUGCAGCAGCAGCAGCUGGCGCUACAAGACCAGCAGCAGCAGCAGCAGCAGUUCAAGCAACAGACGCAAGAGCUGCAGCAGUUGCUGCAGCAGCAAAGAACACUAUUUUGCACCGCAGCAAAAGGUUUCUUAGGUUCGCGCCAGCAGCAUCAGAUGCAGGAGCAGCAGCAGCAACAGCAGCAACUGAUGCAGCAGCUGUUCCUCAGCGAUUCUCUGUGCGCUUUGGCUGUAGUUGCAUUUGCUACUGGGGCCCCACAGCCUGGAGAGGAAGCAGAAGAGCUGCUGCAGCAGCUGCUGGGGCAACACCUGUCUGCUGCUGCUCCUUUGCUGCUCUCUGAGGCCUGCUGCUGCUUGCCUCCCGUUUCUUACGCGCUGCGGCUCGCGGCGCUGCUGCUGCACAAGCAAAAGCAGCAGCAGCAGCAGCAGCAGCAAACAAAGCGGCUUGUUACUGUCGUGGUGCAUGCGGCCGUUGCUGUGGACAGCUUUCUGUUGCGGCAGCAGCAGCCCCCGCAGCAGCAGCAGCAGCAGAAACAAGACGCUCGAGUGCAUGCGUACUGCAGCAGUUUGCUCUCGAGCUUAUCGCAUGCACUGCAGCAGCUCGAGCUGAGCGAUGCUGCUGCUGCUGCUGCUGCUGCUCCUCUUUUGGGCAUUCAAUCUUUGCUGCUGCAGCCCCACGUCUUAGCUGCUCUGAAUACUUUCCCCUGGGGCUUACGGCAGCUUUCAUCUCCCUUUUUGCUGCUGACUUCUCCUGCUGCUGCUGCUGCUGCUGCAGCACCGUGUCAGCUCGAGAGUCUGCAGCAGAGUCGCGCCGCAGCUUUGAAUGCAGCAGCCGCGGCAGCAGCAGCAGCAGCAGCGGGCGCCGGCGCUGCUGACAGGAAACUUGCGCAGCAGCAGCAGCAACAUCAGCAGCAGCAGCAGAGCGAUGAGGAGAGACGGCAGCUGCUGGAGAGGUUUUUGAGAGCAGCAGAAGGGGAGGAAGAAGCAGAAGAGACAGAAGAAGCAGCAGAGGCAACAGAGCACCGCAACCGGCUGCAGCUCGAGCUGCAGCUGCAGCUGCAGCUGCAGCAGCAGCAGCAGCAGGAAGAGGAGGAGGGAGAACUCUCUGACUCGGCAGGAGACUGCAGCAGCUCGGAAGCCUCUUUUGCUGCUGAGGAAGACCAAGCAGAGAUGGUGGUGCGGGGGCAGCAGCAGCUGCAGCAGCUGCUGCAGCAGCUCUUCGCCCCCAGUUUUGCUGCUCUUCUGAUGGAGACCCACCUGGUUGCUGCUCGCCUGAUGGCGCUGCACCUGCAGCCGCAAGACGACGCAGCAGCGCCCAGCAGCAGCAGCAGCAGCAGCAGCAGCGAGGAGUGGGAGCUGCAGCGGGAGGCUGCGCUCUGCAUGCGCGGCUGGCUGCUGGCCCUAGGAGCAACUGCUGCUGCUGCUGCAGCAGAGCCGCAAAUUGCCAGCGGAGACUCCCAGCCUUUUGAGCUGACGCUGCUGCAUGCAGCUUUGGAGACUCGCCCAGCAGCAGCAGCAGCAGCAGCAGCGCUGCUGCAGCAGCGGCAGCGGCGGCACCAGCAGCAAACCGGCGGCGACCAGCCCGAGCCGGCCCACAUGCAGCUGCCAGACGGGGAAUUCGCAGCAGCAGCAGCAGCAGCAGCUGCUGCUGCUGCUGCUGCUGCUGAAUGCAGCUGCGAUAGCUGCUUGCUGCUGUCAAGCUUGCAGGCGUUGUCUUUAGGGGAGGCCCUUGUGCAGCUGCUGUUUCAUAUAUUGACUUACUACGAGCCCCCAACAGCAGCAGUAGCUGCUGCUGUUGCUGCUGCAGCAGCCGAGCAGCAGCAGCAGCAGCAGCAGCAGCAGCAGCAGGCGCUCUUCAGGGAAAGCAGCAGCACAGCGUGGUACUCAAGCUCGUGGGACUGCUGCCCUCCGCCAGCUGCUUUUUACCCCCCGGUUCCAGAUGCAGCAGCAGCAGCAGCGGCAGCGGCAGCAGGGUCUGCUGCUGCUCCUGCUGCUGCUACGGGCUGCAGUAAACUGAUGGAGCAGUUUCCCAUUUUGAACAGCAAAUGGAAAAGCCUAGGAAGCACUUUUGUGUGGCUGAUGGCAGCAAGGCUCUAUUCUUUGCUGCUGUUUUCAGUACCCCUUUGCGUCAGCCGUGUUUGGAGCCGCUGUGGAGACGUCAGAGCUCGGCAGCAGCUGGAGUCCUUCACAGAGCGCCUCAUCACUCCUUGGUUCAUCGAAGAGGAGCACCGGCGCUGCGUGUCUUUGGUUGGGCAGCGCAGCAUUUGCUGCUGCAGCUACGAAAGUCGUUUGCGGCGAAUUUUAAUUUCUUUGAAAAACGAAAAAGCAAAAACUUCUCUCAAAGUUGCUCUUCUUUUCGAAAAGGCUUUCCCCCUCCAAAGACCCAAACUCAUCAUCCUCGACCACUCCCAAAGCGGCGUGCCGAAGGGGCGUCUGAGCGGGUGCAAAGAACUCUUCCCCGAAAGAAGUGCCGCACUUGCCGCUACAAGUUCCACUCGGAGUGUAUCUACAGGUGGUUCCGCGUCUCCAGAAAGGCCAAGUGCCCCCUUUGCCAGUCUCCCUUCUAGCUCUGCAGCAGCAGCAGCAGCAGCAGCAGCAGCAGCAGCAGCAGCAGCAACAGCUUCCCCGAGAGACGUGCCGCACUUGCCGCUACAAGUUCCACUCGGAGUGUAUCUACAGGUGGUUCCGCGUCUCCAGAAAGGCCAAGUGCCCCCUUUGCCAGUCUCCCUUCUAGCUCUGCAGCAGCAGCAGCAGCAGCAGCAGCAGCAGCAGCAGCAGCAGCAGCAGCAGCAACAGCUUCCCCGAGAGACGUGCCGCACUUGCCGCUACAAGUUCCACUCGGAGUGUAUCUACAGGUGGUUCCGCGUCUCCAGAAAGGCCAAGUGCCCCCUUUGCCAGUCUCCCUUCUAG